GUGGGAGUGUCAUAUUGAAGUGUACUUAGUGCGCAUUACGGAAACGAGUGUUUGAAAAACUUUUAUUAUUAUUAAUAUUAUGAGUUUAAAAAAGUGGUGACCCAAACAUGGCGAUCUGGACUCGCGCGGACCGGAACGGACAACUGGACCUGCUGCUGCGGGACCGCUGGGUUCGGGUCACCGCGGAACUCACGCGCGAAACUUUGACUUUGACGGCGGAGGGAGAACCGAGCGGGACCGAGAGCCACAGCCCUGCAUCCGGGACACGAACCGCCGUGGCUAACGGGACCGACCCGGGGAAGCAGAACCGCGCGCAGAGCCCGAACUUAUCCGGGGAACAGAACCACUUCAAACUGGGCGGAAGUAACGGAGCAUCCGGAGAGUACCACAUCCACUACGGCAAGUCUUCUGAGUUCGGAAGUCCGGGAUCGGGGUUCGGUUGUAGACCCGGUGAUUCCAGUUCUUCAUCAUCAUCAUUAUUAUCAUCAUCAUCGGAACCGGUCCGGAAAGUUCGGGUGGUCAAACAGGAAUCUGGCGGAUUAGGAAUCAGUAUUAAAGGAGGUCGGGAGAACAGGAUGCCCAUACUGAUUUCCAAGAUUUUCCCGGGACUGGCGGCGGAUCAGAGCCGGGCUCUGCGGGUCGGAGACGCCAUUCUGUCCGUGAACAGGAGCGACCUCCGGGAAGCCACACACGACCAGGCGGUACAGGCGCUGAAGAAGGCCGGGAAGGAGGUGACGCUGGAGGUAAGGUAUAUCCGUGAGGUGUCUCCUCUCUUUAAGAAGCCGUUGGUUUUGUCAGAGCUGAGCUGGGACGGGAGCGAAGACUCUCCAAAACACAACACCACCAAAGACAGGAAGAUCAUUCCACUGAAAAUGAGCUUCAUCUGCAGGAACCUCACCAUGCCUGACCUGGAGAACAGGCUGUUGGAGCUGCACUCUCCUGACGGUCAGCACUCGGUGGUUCUGCGCUGUAAGGACACGGCCACUGCACACUCCUGGUUCACCGCCAUCCACGCCAACAUCGCCGCGCUGCUGCCACACACACUCACACACAUCAACGCCUACCUGAGCGCCUCCAGCACACACACACAGCUCAAACACAUCGGCUGGCUCGCGGAGCAGGUAACUAUGGAAGGUGGGCGUCACCAGUACAGGCCAGUCGUCAUGGCGAUGACGGAGAAAGACAUCCUGCUGUUCGACUCGGUGCCGUGGACACGAGAGAGCUGGAGUACUCCACUGACCACACACACACUGCUGACCACCCGACUCGUUCACUCGGGCAGUACUCGUGGUUCCCCAUCUUUAGGGUCUGAUCUUCUCUUCAUGACUCGGACGGGUUCUAGUCGUGGUGUCGAGUCUCACGUGUUCCGUGUGGAGACGCACUGGGACCUGUCGUCAUGGACACGAUCGCUCGUACAGGGGACACACGCCGCCGCCGAGCUCGUCAAAGAGGUGUCCAUAGGGUGUGUGUUGAACAGGGAGGAGGUGUGUUUGGUGCUGCACUAUGAGCGAGGCUUCACUGUGUUGAGAGGAGGAGGAGGAGGAGGAGGAGGAGGAGCUCCUGUAGGUGGCGCUGUGCUCCUUCACUACCCCUACGACAAACUGCGCAACUCCGCAGACGACGCAAUCAGACUCCUGUAUCUCGACUUCGGGGGGCCCGAGGGGGAACUGGUGUUUGAUUUGCACUCCAACCCAAAGCCGGUGGUGUUUGUUCUCCACUCGUUCCUGUCGGCCAAACUCGCACGCCUGGGCCUGAUCACGUGAGACUGACGGAGAAAUGGAGAGACGGAGAGAGAGAGUGGUGGGAAGUGAGGGAUGGAAGGAUGAAUAGAGAGAGUGUUCCAUAAAUACUCCUCCUGUUACACACACAUUUAUCUCACUUAAUAGAGUAUCUUAAUGGAUUAUGUGAAUUCUGUUCCAUUCACAUAAACCUAUAUGCACGUGUGUGUGUGCGAGAGAGAGUGUGUGAGAGUGUGUGAGAGUGUGUGAGAGUGUGUGAGAGUGUGUGAGAGUGUGUGAGAGUGUGUGUGUGAGAGUGUGUGUGAGAGAGUGUGUAUGCAUGGUUCAGGUUAACCAGACGUGCCUUUGUGUAUCUAAUCAGAGAUAAACAUAGGAUGACAUCGCUAAAUAUGCAAAACUAUAGUAUUAAUGUGUGUGUGUGUGUGUGUGUGUGUGUGGAUAUUUGUCUUGUCAAGACUGUUACCUUCUAUGAGUGUGUGUGUGUGUCAGAUAGUGAGGCAUUCCAGUGCAUGAUUAUAGCUGUGUGUGUAUGUGUGUGUGGGUGUGUGUGUGUGUGUGUGUGUGUGUGUGUGUGUUUAACAGCUAUCACAUCAUUCUCUUAUACGCAUAAAUGAUGUUAAAGCCCUCUGAUUGGCUGUUAGAGAGUAAGCGAGCGACCAAUCAGAGCGGUGCGUCACCCUGCUGAUGGUCACAUGGAGCGGAUGUUUACAGAAACACGGCUCUGUGUCAUGAAUAUUUUCUUUAUACGGCACUUAAAAAAACAUUAAAGGAGUUUUUUCGGAUAAUUGGAACAGUUUAAAUGACAAAAAACUAAAGAAACUUAUUUCAGUAAAUCCGAACGCUGAUUAAUUUCCGAGUUAGCAGGAUCGGAGUGUUGAUCGAAGUGUUUGUGUAAAAUAAAUAAUAAGUCUAGUUAAUGAUAUCAGUGUAGAGGUGUUAGUUAUGCUGCGUUCAUGAUCAAAUGGGAACUGGGAAGUUUCUGACUUCCUGGUAGGAACGAGUCGUAAUUCCCACUCGGAAUGUCUGAGUUGUGAUUCCGUGACGUCACUUCCACAUGGCGGCUCUCGUCGUGAAAAGUUUUUGACCAAAUUGCUCUUUUAACUCCAGUUCUGGCCGACAGCUUGCAGUGAGGAUUCGUUUUAUUCCCGACUCCAGGCGAUUGAGUUGGUGCGAACGCUCUGUUGUGGGAAGUACGAGGUUCCGAGAUGAAAAAUUACGAGUUCUCAGUUAUCAUGAACGCAGCACAACAACAGCAACAACAACAACAACAGCAACGCUUAGAGAGAAGCCCUUCAUCCGCUCUGCAGCUGCUCACCGUUACUGGCUCUGCGGUUGUCCCUCUGGAGAACCCAUUAGGGUUCUAUGUAGAACUUUAUAACGCUUCUCCUCCUAUCAGAGAAAACCAUUCAGAAAUCUCAGAAUGCUGACUUAAUUCCUGCCUCACACUCAGCGUUCCCGGGACAGACUACGGAUUAGACGAGAGCACGAAUAAACACGACGUAAUAAAACAUAACGGUUUUAUUCAUUUCCAAAAAUUUGAAGCAGAAUAAACUGAAACGUGUGCAGACAUUAGAACUUACUAAAUGUUCUGCACUUAAAUUAUAUCCAUAUACCUUAAAGAAAAUCCUUUAGUGUCCUCUCCAGGCCUCCGUACUGACAAUCACUGACUAAUUAAUAAUAAUAAUAAUAAUGAUAAUAAUAAUAAUAAUAAUGAUGUUUGGGGUUAAACAACAUUCCACACACUGUGGGCCACUUUUCCGACAUUCCGUGCGUGACUGUGGAUUACGGGACGCUGUGAAGCGUGUGGGCGCGUCCCGAUUAUCAGUUAGAGGACAUAUCGUGAUAUUUAGUGUAAUAUUAUAAUCAGAGACAUUCCAAAGGACAGUUACUGUUAGUUAGUCAGUUGUCAGUGACAUGAAACACACACACACACACACACACACACACACACACACACAGAAACUGCCCCCUUGUGGCCUGGAGAGUCACACCUGAUAUAACACACACAGUAGGCUGAGUCUUAGGUGUUUUUUGAGGUAGGGGGCAUUUUCUAGAACAUUCCAUAAAUCAAACACACACUCACACACACUCACACACACACACACUCAGGGCAGCUAGCUCCUCUCCCUGCAACGAGCUUGUUAAUUGUUUGACCUCACUCCUGUCGUUAAUCAGGAAGCCGACACACACACACACACACACACGCACAGAUCAUCACUGAUAAAGUAGUGUACUUGGUUGUGUGUGCACUUCUUAGUGGCCUUAGACAUUUCCUCCUAAGAGCUGGAGGACAGCGAGCAUAUCAGAUCUCACUCAGUGCUUUAAGUGUGUGUGUGUGUGUGUGUGUGUGUGUGUGCGCGUGUACUCAGUCUCCGGGAGAUAAAUUAGCCUUGUUUCCACCAUGAUGGAGAUAAACAUAAAACUGUCUUUCACUAAAACGUGGUCACUAAAAUCAGGUUUUAUAAUGAGGAUCGUUAUAGGAACCUCACAUCUGACCAAUCAGAGAUGGUUAUUAGGACAAGCUCCGCCCCUGAUCGAUCCUGCUUCCUCUGGAUCCCCUUAACUGAGCUGAUGUGAGUGUGUUAGUGCUAAAGAAUCUUUCAGUAUACACACUUGUGUGAUGUAGGACACACACACACACACACACACACACACAGAGGAGUGUGAGGAAUGAUGAAUGUACUGUAUGUUUGUACUCACCUCUGAGAAUGUUUAAUAGCAUUUUAGCAUUUCUCUUUAAAUCUAUCAUCUGUUUAUAAAAGCAAAAUAGUUUUUUAAACUGCUUUUUUCUUCUGCACCAAAGUUUUGUACAUGUGGCAGCUUUGCGUUCACACAAUCAUAAAACAAAAAAAAUUAAAAAAAGAGAGAAUAUUAACAUAGAUCACACACACACACACUCUGCUGCUGCACCACUGUUCAUACAGAAUACUCUUUAUAACAUAUACAGUGUUAAAAUCUCUCUAUAAUGUGUAAAUAAAUAAAUAAAUACAAUAAAUACAGCAUAUAAAUAAACAACUGUUACACAUUUAUAGCA